CCCCUCCCCUCUUUUUUCCCCACGCUUGCCGAGGCCUCCCGAAAGCCGGUUCACCGGGUUCAACCAUGCUUCUGCUUUCAAUUCGACCGUGACCUUGGGUCGGUGACUUCUCUGAGCCUCAGUUUCCCCACCCCAGGAAUGAGAGCGCUUUCCAGUUAGAUUCUCACAGGCAUGCCUCGCUCCGGCUUCCCCUUCCUCUAGCUCUCUCAUUCAGACUUCUUACUCUUGGCCGCAGACCGGACCCGAACCCUUCCCUAACCACACAUCCCAGCGCCCCCUUUGGCGCGGAGAGGGAGUCAUUAAACGUGGGCUGGAGGAAGUACCCUCCACCCCCCUAAACCCAAGAAGCAGCUCAGGAGAGUGAGUUUCUGCAAAGCGGAAAUGAGCUGGGUAUGAGUGAGGUGCUUCAGCCCCCGAAUGCGAUUGUAGGUUGGGGGUGUCUCGUUAUCCACUGAGAUCUCUCCCUCCUGCCCCAGCAUGGAAAUAACUGGAGCAAGAAGACAAGCCAGAUACUAGUCUUACGUGGUCACCUCUCCAAGCUCCCUCAGGUUCCCAGCAACCACCCCCUUAGACUGUUCUAGGUCCCUCUGCCUCCAGAGCCAGGGAGCUGUCCACAUCAGACCCCAGUGCCCUCCCAUCCCUGUACAAACUUUUCCGUGGUUGCAGGAUGGAACACAGCCUCCUGUCUUGCCCAGAGCCCUGGCCAGCCUGCACAGGUCCCUUCCCUGCCCUGUGCACUGCAACCACCCCAGAACUACCCGUGUUUGCAUGACACCAAGCUCUUUGCUCCCUCUCUCUGCCCAUGCUCUGGGGUGCCUAGACUCCAGAUGAUCUGGCUUAUCCUCCCAGGCCCAACUCUGAUGCCUCUUUCCCAUCUCUGCCAGGCAGAGGGGGCUGGACCGUGUUGUUGCCUGUGUGGAGUGUGCUUGGGAGAGGUGAACACCAGCAGGGCCUCCGCAGUCUCCUGUUGCCUUCGUGAAUAUUUACUUUAGAAUUGAACUUGAAGUGUGGGUUCUCUGAUGUGGGCAGAGGUAUAAUAAAGUCUCCUUUUCCUCCUAAAAUCCCUGAUUGUCGAUGACACAGAUUUCUCAGUUCCGCGUGAGGCCCUGAGAAGGACUGGGGGUGCCAUGUAACCUCAGAUGCCCUGUGUGCAUCAACUCAUUGGGUCAUCACAGCGAGGUGGAUUAUUAGCCCCAUUUUACAGGAGAGUAAACAAAGGCUGAGGAGCCAUUCAGUACCCUGCCCAGGAGGGUUCACAUGAGAAUUUGGGAAUUGUGGAUCUAAGUGUCACUCCUUUUGUUGGCGAUGGGGCUAUGUGUGGUCUUGGUCUCAAAGGCACUCACUGUCUGCGGAGACAGAGGAUGAGAGGCAGGCUGUGAGUGUGCCGUAGGGGAGAGCACCAGUGGGCAGUGGGAGGCCAGGAGGGAAGGUGGGCUUGGCUUUGAUCAGUUUAGAAAUAGUGCCGCACUUGCACAGACCCUUGAAAGAUAGAAUUUUGCCCAUCAGGGCCCAGAAGGCGGCAUUCCAAGGCAGAGCGACAGCUUGGGUAAAGGCUUGGAGGUGAGCCCAUGCUCAAAAGAGUAGCCCCGUGGGGGUGGGGAGCCUGGGUUCCCACUCAGACCAGCCUGGCAUUGGGUUACCCUUCGGAGGCCGGCCCACUGCUGGGUUCUGAUCCCUUUGCCAGAAGCAGGGCUCAGUGGGAGAAACAAGAGCUGUGAAACCUAAGAGCCCCACAUCUCCCUCCCUGGGACUCUCCAGCUGGUCAGGACCAGCUGGGGGUGACCCCUGAGUAGCAGCUGCCCCUCCCCCAACUGAUCCCCAGGGAUUCCUGUCCCUUUCCCGGGUCCCCAGGUGCCAGUGAUUCCCAAAGUUCAGAUUUCUUCCCCGACCACUUCUCUGUCUUCCAGAUCCAUCCCCCAAACCCCUCAAACUCCCAAGUCCAUACCCCAGACCCCUCAAACUCCCCAGGACCCACUGCUGCUCCUCCAGCUGGUCUCUUUGCUUUCGCACAGCCCAUGUUUUAGUUAAGAACAAGUCCUGUAACCCGGCCUCUUUGGGGCUCACCUGGGGAUCCCCUCCUCCAUCUCCACAGCCGGGGCCCUGGGCCUGGCCUCUUCAGUCUCCCUGGGACUGCUGCCUUGCCCACCCCUCUCUCUGUGCCCUCUGGCUACCCGCACGCUUCUGCCACAGUCCCUUAGUUUCCCACUCCGCCCCCUUCCUUCCCUUCUUCCCACUUUCCAGUGUGCAUCACCGCUGUGAAGCAACUUUCCCUUUAAAAAUAAUCCCUGGCCCAGGAAUCGCAUUGUACGUGUAUUAACCAAUCCCCUGUUGCUGUGGGUGACCCUGGGGAGUUGCUUGUAAGUAGGUCAUGAAUGCCCAGGGCAGAAGUGCAGGGUCAAGGAUGUGAAGGAUCUUUCUCAAACACCGAUGUGACCCUCUCCUUUUCCUAUAAUUCCACGGUGUCUUGGGGUAAUAGCCCGAGCGGAGUCCAGAGCAGAGCUCACCCCAGCCUGGUCUGGGCUCAGCCAGCCUCCAGCCUCAUUCUUACUCCCCUCCCCUGGCUCCCCUAGUUCCAGGCACACUGAAGGGCUUCUAGCCAAGCAUGGCCUCACCUGUGGCCUUGUUCUCCUGACACCCUCCCCUCAUCUCUUCACCAGCCCAGUCUGGCCCAUUUUUCUGUCCAGGCCAGGCCUCACCUCUUUGGGAUAGGCUCUCUGAUGCCCUCCUCCCAUCCUUCUCGUGGUCACAGAAUGGCUUAUACCCACUCAUCACUGUCUGUUUACACUCCAUCCUCCUUCCUGUGUGUCCGUUGUCCAGGCGCAGAAGAGGCAGUGGAGAAUAUUGUAUGAAUGAAUGGAUGAAUGAGUAUUUAUUAAAGCACAGCUCUCAGGAGGGGAAAGAACUCCAGGGAUUCUGAAGUCCUGAGUUCAAGUCAUGGCUGGGCCAUAGAUGCUGUAGGCCUCGGUAAGCUCCUGUCCUCUUCUGGUCCUCAGUGUCCCCACCUCCACAAUGGGAAUCAUUACUAGCCCUGCUGUGCUCAUGUCACAGGGCUGCUGUGGGGAUCAGUUGAGCUGUGUGACAGUUAGCUGGGUGGUGCUGAGGCCUGAGCUGGCAGAGCUGGAUGGGGAGUUUACUCCAGCUGGGACUGGCUGUGGCUCAGCUCAGGACCCCUGGCACAGGCACGCCAGGCAUGUGGAGAUGGGAGGCAGGGUGGCUGCCUGGACAAAGUACUCGAGUUGAGCUCUGGAGCAUGGAAAGAAUUUGGACCAGGUGGGGAAGGCACUCCAGGUGGAGGAUAGGAGGAAUACAGGCUUGGAGGAGAAACUCCAGCUUCAACUGGCAUAAAUCUGAGCUUCUGCUAUGAAAGCUCAGCCUGCCCUGUUUUCUGCUGCGAGUCCUGAGGGCCCACGUCUUCUGGACUAGGCUCCCUCCUUCCCUUCUGCCCGCCCCUCGUGACCCUAACCUGAGCCGGGAUUCUACCCUCAAGAUCUAUCCCUGUAAACUGUCAGGGGCCAAGCAGUGACGGGGCAUUUGUUCUCGGUGGAGUAUAAGAAUUCCUACAGACCUAUGGCUGUAGCUUCCUGUGCAGCUGAGUAUGUGGAGGGGGCUGGGGAUUUUGUUUGGUGUCAGAGUGGGAGCAGACUCCGAGCUUUGGCCUCUAAAGAGAUGCCUUUGGGACAUGGGGUAGUGGGUGGAGCUAUUGCACACAAGGUGGAGAGAACCCUGCAAGCUGUGGCCCGUAGGCUUCCUGGACGUUAUCUCAUUUGCUCCUCUCACUGCCCUCUUCAGAGAGGCAGUAUCCCCAUUUUACAGAUGUAGAAACUGAGGCUCCGAAAGGCAAAUGAUUUGCCUAAGGGUCCAAAACAAGAUGAGAAUUUGAAUCUGACUACUAAACCUUUUCCUCUGCCACGCUGCCAGGCUACUCAGAACCCUGAGAAGCUUUUAAGGCACCUGCCAUGAGCUGCCUCCCUGGGGUGAAUUCCAGGGAAAUAAGUCGACAGAAGAAAAAGCAAAACAUCGGUCGAUAAGCAGGUUCAUGGCAGCUUUAUUGGUCAUGUUGAAAACUGAGAAACAGCUGUGGCUAAAUGUUCAGAAAGAGGAGGAAGGUCAGGUUAUGCAGGGCCAAUGCUUUCCAUGAGAUAUUCCACAGCCAGUGAAGAGAUAAUGUAACUGCCUUGGAAGACUUAUAUGGAAAAAUCUGAUCACUCAUCCCACCAGCCUGUACUGAGCAGGCACCCUCUAUCAGAUACAGGAAUACACAGCGGAAGCAGGACGUGGAGUGGUUGGUGUACAAUGGUCCUAGGUGGGCUGUGAUUCUGUUUACAGUCAGUGGGCACUGGGCAAGAAGCACGUGGGCCUGAGUUCUAGCCUAGCCCUCUGGUCUGCAAGUGCAACUUAGGGCAAGCUAUUCAGCUUUGCUGAACCUCAGUUUUCCCAUCUAUAAAAUGAGGAGAUACUGCCUCCCCCCGGCAUCUCCCCCGUAGUCUAGUGAUGAGAAUAUUUAGAGCCCCAGUGGACCAGCCCAGUGUAAUCAUGGACUGGUUGUGGUGUGGUUCUCAACCUGGGCUGCACAUUGCAGUCACCUGAUGGCUUUAAAACUGCUGAUGCCUGGAUCCACCUCAGGGAUUCUGGUGUAACUGAUCUGGGGUCAUUUGGAAGAGGGCACAGGGAGUUUAAACAGCUCCCCAGGUGAUCUGCUCUAGAGCAGGGCCCUCACACUUUAGCAGGAUCAGCAUCACCAGCAGUACUUUUAAAAUGCAGGUUCCUUGGUCCCACCCCGCAGAGUUUCUGCUUCAGUAGGUCUGGAGAGGAGCUUGAGAAUCUGAAUUUCCACUGAGUCCCAGGUGAUGUUGAUGCUGCUGGUCCAGGAACCACACCUUGAGGACCAGUGCUGUGGACGGAUGACUGCACCUUCUUCAAUAAGAAGGACAUCCUCAAGCUCCAUGCACGGUUCUAUGAGCUGGCCCCCAACCUGGUCCCGAUGGACUACAGGAAGAGCCCCAUCGUCCACGUGCCCAUGAGCCUCAUCAUCCAGAUGCCGGAGCUCCGGGAGAACCCCUUCAAGGAAAGGAUCGUGGAGGCUUUUUCUGAGGAUGGGGAGGGGAACCUCACCUUCAACGACUUUGUGGACAUGUUUUCCGUGCUCUGCGAGUCGGCUCCCCGCGAGCUCAAGGCAAACUACGCCUUCAAGAUCUACGACUUCAACACUGACAAUUUCAUCUGCAAGGAGGACCUGGAGCUGACGCUGGCCCGGCUCACCAAGUCGGAGCUGGACGAGGACGAGGUGGUGCUCGUGUGCGACAAGGUCAUCGAGGAGGCUGACCUGGAUGGCGAUGGCAAGCUGGGCUUCGCCGACUUUGAGGACAUGAUCGCCAAGGCCCCUGACUUCCUCAGCACUUUCCACAUCCGGAUCUGAGGACAGUGCCAAGGUAGCAGAGGCCCAGAAGCCGACCACCCAGCUCUGCUGCCUACACGAGUGUGACCUCCAGGCUCCCCAGGAGAGGAGCUGUGGCCUCCGGGGUUUACACCCAAGAACAUUUCCUUGGCCCUUUGAGCAAAAAAUCCUUAACCAGGCAAGGGGGGAUGUGAGGAGCAGGGCCCUUCCCAGUCCCCCUGUGGUCCCUUCACAGGCCCUCCCUCUGUCCCCUACCACCUUCCCAACACCCCAGUCCUCUCCCCGUCAGACAUGGCCCCACUGGGAGGGAAGGCAGGACACCUAACAGGGCCGGGCUGCUGACUUGCUCAAGUGCUGGGCAGGUGCCCUGGCUGCCCAGGGCAAAGUGAAAAAAGAAAAAGAAGACAAGGGUUUAACGAGCUAUGCAAUCUUUCUCCAAAACCCACAGCUGGAGUACACCCCGGCCCCUCCUGUCCCUUCUCCCCUGACCCUUCCCAAUGUGAAGCUGUGUAAGCAGUCAGUCCAAGGGCUCUGUCCCUGUCUCUGUCCAGGUCCUGAGCAUGGUUCAUACUCCAUAUGAGCCACUCCAUCCACCUUCCCCAGCGACAUGGAAUCCUCACUGGUGUGUGCUGUCCACAGAUUUGUGAAUUCCUGGUAGUAAAACACUUUCAUGUCA